AUGUACAAGCUCGCCGUCGCCAUCGUCGCCGCCUUCGCCGUCUUCUUCGGUCAGGCGUCCGCUGCGACUCUGCUCGCUGACAACCCUGUCGAUGCCUGCAACGGCAGCAACCACUACGGCGAGGGUCACGACUGCGCCUUCAAGAGCGCCGACGGCACAGCCGAGGGCGUCUGCCACAAGGACGGCAGCGGCGUCCUCACCUGCGUCACCAACUGA